GGAGAAGCAGACUCCCUGCCGAACAGGGAGCCUGAUGCGGGACUCGAUCCCGGGACUCCAGGAUCAUGACCUGAGCCGAAGGCAGUCGCUUAACCAACUGAGCCACCCAGGCACCCUGCCGUCUGUAAAGUUUUAAGAAGAGAGUUAAGUCAUCUUUGCUGAUUUGGCGCCAGCCAGAGGAAAGGGGAACUAAUGGUUGCCCUCAAUCUGAGCCUGGCACGGGGCUGAAAUUUGGAGAUGCAGAGAAAAAAUAAACAGUAUCCCUGCCUCCAAGAGCUCACCGUUUCAUGAGAGGACAGAGGAAAACCACUGAUUCAAGGUAAAACGCGCUCAGUGAUAGACUAGAUCCAAGGAAGGUUCUAGAAGAGUACAGAGAUGGGUUUGGCAGCAGAGUGGGAAGAUCUAUACGGACUCCACUUUAAAUCCAAAAUCAUGUUCUGUGACCGUGGGCAGAUCACUUAGUCAUCCCCGCCUGUUCCCCAGUCCGUAAAAGCGGAGCUAGUAGGACCUGCCUCACAAAGCCCCGUGGAAAUCAGAGCCCCUCCUGCAGGCGCUGGCACAGAGAUGCGUUCACAAGUGAGCAUUACUAGGACUCCAGGGCUCCAGACAAACGCCCAGGACCCGAACAGACAGGCAAACGGAAGGCGGAAGGGCGGGCGGGAGAGCGGCCCCGCCCCCCAGGAUCGCGUAAUUACAGCGGCUGAAGUUAACAGAACCUGGGAGGCACCCACCCCCGGGGGCGCACGGGCCUCGGCGUCUCUGUCGCCCGUGGCAACCGGCCGUCCUGGCGCCAGGCCUGAGAGGCACCGCGCAGGAGCAGCAAGAUGGCCCUGAGCUCCUGGUCCCCAGAGCUGGGGCUCGGCGAGAAGGCGCUGCGGGAGGCAGCCGUCUCCGCCGGCCCCUCGCUGGAGCUGUGCACCUUCCCGUCCUCCCUGGGCUCGUCGGUGGCGACCGCGGCGCUGGAGCAGCUCUUGGUUGUGGAACAAUCACUACAAAGUGACUACUUUAAAUGCAACGAAGAAGCUAAGACCUUUCUUAAGGACAUUGCUAUCGCUGUUAAGAAAUUGGAAGAAAUGAGAAAAGCCACAAUUGAUCUCCUAGAAAUUGAAAGCAUGGAACUCAGCAGACUAUAUUUUCUACUGGAAACUCUUCCCAGUAACAUUGGCAGAGAAUUGGAAGAAUGUGUCAGAGAUGCACGCAGAUUAAAUCUUUUUGAGAUAAAUCAAAUACAAACGGACAUUACAAGGAUGAAUGAUGCAAUACAGUCUCUGAAGAUGAGAAUACUUGAUCUGAAAAGAACUAAUGAAGCUCUAGGUGAAGAGCAAGAGAAGCUGGCGAGGGAGCAUGAAAAGUUAGUGAUGGCACUCAACCACACGAUGGGAGAAAAGGCCACCACCACUGUUUACAUCAAUGAGACUUAUACCAAAAUCAACUCGGAGAGAAAAGAAAUAGAAUUGCAAAAACGACAUCUCGAAGAAAUAGAGGAACAGUUGGAGAAAGAAAAAGAGGAAUAUUUGAAAAGAAAACAAAAUCUGGAUGAAGAGAUUGAGAGAUAUAAAAACUUCUGUGAAUUUAAGAGAACAGAGACUUAUAAAAAGAAGAAAGAAUUGGAUACAUUAAAACUUAAAAUGUCAAAAAUGAAAGAAACAGUUAUGACCAGCACAGUGGUUCUUAGUGAUCACAAUUUAGAGAUAUCACGACUACAAGAAUCAAUAAGACAUUGGGAACAAGAGCUCGAAGAAAUGAAGAAAUCCUGUAAGAUACUGGAGGAUAAAUUACAAUUUUUUGUAAAUACAAAAGAAAAAUUGGAAGGUUCAUCUGGUAUUGAAAAAGAUGAAUUCUUGAAGAAGAUAAAGCAGAUGGCUGAGAAACUACACAAAAAUCAUUUAGAGAACAAAGACCUACGGGAGAAAUUGCAUACUCUUACCAGGCAAUAUAAGAUUGUCUUAAGUGAGGAGGAUAAACUUUUUAUGCAGAAACAGAAAAUUUACAAUGAAAAUCAGAAACAACUGGCAUUUAUUACUCAGAAAGAAAACUUCCUAUCACAAAGAAAAGUAGACAUCAAAAAUAUGGAAGAAGGACUUGUCACGCUCCAUGAUCUUCAUCGAGCAACAAAAGCAGUUUAUCGGAAACAAAUAAAAAUCCUGAAUGAUAACCUGGAAAGAGAAAAUCAGAGAUGUAUUAUAACUCAGUGGAAAGUGGCUUGUUUGCGAAAAAAACAUGCACGUUGGAUAAAGAGGCUAAACACUGAAAUAGGAGAAAUUUUAGAUAAAAUUCAGACUUCGGAAUUCAGACGCACUGAAUUAUUACAAGAGACCACUGUACGAGAAAAAGAGAUCAGUGAAUUUUUGGCAGAGAUUGAAAAAGUUACAUUGGAAUUAAAACAAGAGAAGGAGGAAUUUAUUGUCAAAGAAAACAAGUUAAUUCAAGAGUUGAGCAAGUAUGAGAAAAGAUUUGUUGAGGAAACGCAAAGUAAUAAAGUGAAGGAAGAGGAGCUAGUCGAGUGUCUUCCACAACUUCAAGCGGCAGAAGAAGAGUACAAAAGCAAAAGUGGAAAACUUGAAGAGCUCAGUAAUAUUAUUACAGCACAAAAGCAGGAACAGAGUUUACUAAAUGAUUACAUUUCUCAAAUGGCAAAAGACUUUUCGAGAUAUUUUAGCAACACGGAAAAAGUGAAGCAAGAACUCAAAUACUUACGAGAUCAAGAAAGCCGUAAGAUUAAAAAUCAUUUUGAAACUCUAAAGAACUUAGAAAAUGAAAUCUAUGUGCAUGACUUAAAAGUAGAUGUUUUGCUCCUGGAAAAUGAAAAAUUAAGAAAAUAUAUUGCAUACAUGAAGAACAAGAUAGAGCAAUACGGAAAAGGAGGAAAAGACCUCAAGUCCAUGUCAAGUGACCUGUCUUGUCAACUGACGGCUCAUCAGACACAGUAUUUGGAUUUGUGGGCUGAAUUUCAGACUACAGUUAAGGAACUGGUAAACAGUGGUGAUGAGAUUUUGCAAGAAAUAAAAAACCUGAUAGAGAAGCUAAAGGAAAGAGAUGAAAACAUUGAGCGUAUCAGCAUUUGGCUACAAGGGAAUCUUGAAGAGCUGCAUUUUCUUAUGGAACAGGAAUCAGAAAUAGACCUCCACAAAAAGAAGAAACACAUUCCUAUCAAAGUCCAUCCCCCGGGGUUUGAAUGUACUAUGAAAAACAUUAACAAAGAAAAACUAACAAAAUAACUUCAAGGCUACACCUGCUGUCAAUUUAAAAGGCAAAAACAAAACUACAAAACAA